CCUCCAAAGCCUGCCAAGUACAAAAUGAGUUCACCCAUGGCACUGGCAUCCUUCGGACUGGGCUAGUCAAACAUCAAAUUACCGCGAUGGGGCCGGUGCUUUUGGUCCGAUGCGUGUUAGUGGAAGCAGUCAAACCUGCCUCUGGGGCGGCGGUUUCUUUUGUAGCGACAAAGCGACCGGGGGUGUUCGGCAGGUUUGAGUUGAGGUUAGCCUAAGAAUGUUUGGCUGUGGUGCCCAUUCGACUGGCCAUGCGACUCCACCGGUGCUUAAAUAGAGGCCACACCUUUCACUGCAGACGUGAAGCUAUUUCGGAAGGGCUUGGAAAUCUCGCCUGAAAAUGAGCAUGGCCGCCGUCAGAGAUCUCCUUCUCGCUGCAAGUGUUGCGUCCGUUGCUGUCGCUAGUGGCAGUGAUAGCUUAAAUUCAUGCCUCCGGCAAGCAUUAACAAAAAGCGGCAGUGUCGCUUUCCCCGGAGAUCUAUUCUAUCAGCAGGCCGACGUCAAUCGCUAUAAUCUGAACAUCCCCGUAAAUCCAGCAGGGGUGACGUUUCCGACUUCGUCACAACAGGUUGCUGCGGUCGUUAAAUGUGCUGCAGACAAUGGAUAUCCCGUCCAAGCGAAGAGCGGAGGGCACAGCUAUGGCAAUUACGGCCUAGGUGGAACCGAUGGAGCCGUUGUCGUUGAUUUGAAGCACUUCCAACAUUUCUCAAUGGACAGCACAACCUGGACUGCCACGAUUGGGUCCGGAACCUUGCUGGGAGACGUGACACAACGUCUCCACGAAGCGGGAGGACGAGCCAUGUCUCACGGAACUUGUCCGCAGGUUGGCUCCGGUGGACAUUUCACAAUUGGGGGCCUCGGCCCAACUUCACGACAGUUUGGCGCCGCCCUGGAUCAUAUCGUUGAAGCAGAAGUUGUGCUAGCCAACUCGAGUAUCGUGACAGCAUCGGACACGCAGAACCAGGACGUUUUCUUCGCUAUCAAGGGCGCUGCGUCUGGAUUUGGUAUCGUCACCGAGUUCAAGGUCCGAACAGAGCCCGAGCCCGGCACCGCUGUCAAGUAUGAGUAUACACUCAAGCCUGGAAGCACUCGAGGGCGUGCCAGCUUGUUCAAACAAUGGCAAGCCUAUGUGUCCAACCCCAGCUUGACACGAAAGCUAGCUUCCACACUCACUGUACUUGAAGACAGCAUGAUCAUCACGGGCACUUUCUUCGGCACGGAGGAAGAAUACAACGCACUAGACAUAGGCAGCCAAUGGCCCGGUGUGAAUGGAAGUGCUAUCGUCUUCCAAGAUUGGCUCGGCCUUGUCGGUAACUGGGCCGAAGAAGCUGUCUUGCAGCUUGGAGGGGGUGUUCCCUCGAAAUUUUACUCCAAGUCCACGGCUUGGACGCCCGGCAAUCUGAUGGACUCCAACACAAUCGACAAGAUGUUUGAAUAUAUCGACAGUGCGGAUAAGGGGACUUUGGCUUGGUUCAUUCUAUUUGAUUUCCAGGGUGGCUACACCAACGAUAUCCCGACAGAUGCGACGGGGUAUGCGCACCGUGACGUUCUCAUUUGGCUGCAAUCGUACAGCAUAAACUUGCUAGGUUCCGUUACACAGACCCAGAUCAAUUUCCUGGACGAAGUUAACACGCUUGUCACCAAUGAUGGAGCUCCGUAUGCGGCUUAUCCAGGUUAUGUUGACCCUCUUAUGACGAAUGGUCCUGAGGCAUACUGGGGGUCUAACCUUCUGCGACUGCAGCAGAUCAAGGAGGAGAUUGAUCCCGAGAAUGUAUUCCGCAACCCACAGAGUCCGUCUCCUGCAAAUUGAGGAGAUGUUCCUCGGAUAAAAGCUGGACAACGGUCACUUUCAGGAUCUUAUAGAUUUAAAUAUUCACACGCAUAUAAGAAAAUCUAAUGUAUAUGAUUCAUGAUAGGCUUGUGAUGUCAAGGGUCGCAAGUCUCCAUGUUAUCAUCACCUCCUUGCAAUAACGACCACGCCUCUUACAAUUCCACUUCGAGCCCACCAGCCAAACACAGCUUUAGCCCCACGAAACUUUCCCAGUUUGAUACCAUAAGGCUGUCCCUCUCGUAUCCUCCUGCCCAAAAAGUCCGUAAUCCCAGGAAAAACGUGACGAGAAAUAUCCUUGAUCUCAAUGCGAGAGGGAUCAUAGCCAGCGGCUAUCAGGAGACGCACAUACUCCUCUCGAGUCAGGAAAUUCGUAAAAGGCGACCCAGUCACCCAGCACACUAGGCGCAUUUUGAGACGCUGCCACCAGGAAGUGUUAUCCGCGAUGAGGAGAUCAAAGGCCAUAAAGGAUGCAUGGAGGGUAUUUUGUGCGUAGUGAAGGAUAGGGAGUCGCGAGGGCUGAAAGUGGUACAUCGUAUCAAGAGCCAGCAACCAUGUAGAUGUAUCCGGGUUCAGCGAGGUAUCACCAAUGUAGGAAAUGGAAUCCUUCAAUUCGCCAGUCCAACUCAAGGGGUCGGCCCCAUCGGCGCAGAAAACAUCCGCGGAGGGACAAAUAAUUUCAUCGUUGUUAAGCUCUUUAUACGAGCGCAUUCGCUUUUGGGCAACCUCUGCCUGCGAAGGAAGUAGAGUUAUACCUACGUAAUUAUCGACAAGGGGGUUGGAGGACUCGCUCCCACUGCUCUUCCGUUGCAGGAUAGAAUCGGAGGCCCCGACCGAGGAGCUAAGCCCGGAUUGAGAUGUGUCGGUAAUAGUAGAAGAAAGGGGGUUUCUCCUGAGUUUUGUAAUAUGGACUGAUUGGUCACCACAUCCGCAUCCAACAUCCAGAACGCGCACUGAUUUGGCCGUCUCCGUAAGGAGACCAGUCUUCAGAACCUGGUCAAGCAAAGCUUCACAGGCCUCUGGAAAGUUUUGGGUGUCCUGUACGUGUCAAUUAAAUGCCAAAAGAGUUUCGGAAAGCAUCACUUACCUCCCAGUAUCCCAUGUUCAUCCACAUAGUUUCAGGCGGCAGCUGCAUGUUGAGCACUGCAUGGUCCAACCCGUAUAUCUUGCUCGCCAGAGGCUUCUUGAAAAACCCUAACAUCUCUCCUGUCGACUAGUACGUCUCUAGGUUGCUGUCAAGAAAUCAAGUAGCCAAGGAUCAGAGCCUUGGCUGUCCGGUGACGUUGUGGGGAGGUUGCCGUGAGG